AUGAGAGGCGGCGCCGGCGCCCGGGUGUUACAGCCGGCUUUCUCUACGUCAGCCACCGCUCUGAAGAGAGAAAGGCGGCGGUGUCCUGCGGAGAGAGCCGCUUCCUCCACUGCCCGAGGGGAGCGCGUCGCCUCAGCCGCUCGAAAGCAGGAAAUGGGCGGCAAAAGCGCAGUCAGACACCAACUGGUUCUGGACUGCCCCCGAGAGGCAGCGAGCAGCGCUCGCGCGCUUCGCCCGCUAGGAGCUGCCGCCACGUCCCGAGCUGCGCCGCUCACGCCCCUCCCUGCUCAACCCCGGUGGGGGCUGGGCUGCAGCCGAGUCCGGCACCCGGGCCCCCACCCGCGCCGCGCUGUCGAACCCGCCGCCGGCCCGCUCUCGGCACCGAUAAUCGCCGGGGCGCAUCCCGCAGAGGCUGCUGCCGGCUCCGCCAAACAGCAGCCAAAGCAUAGCCGGGAAGUCCCUAGGCCACCCGUUCCCCAGCACCCUUCGGGGAAUUCCCGUUCAGCUCUACAGGAGGCGAAAACGGAACAAACGAAAACCCCUUAACAGUGAAACCGGGCCCGGCGAUAGCCCGGGUGGCGACGGCGACGACUCGACGCGUGCGGACACAAGACCCGUCUCGCGCUCCGCUGCUCCUGUGCGUCCGGACGAACCUUAGAGAUCACUUAAGGAGGCUCGCGCGCUACUCCUCACCACGUGACUGCCCCGCCAGGCCGCCCCCCGCGCAGCCAUCUUACAUCCGGGACAGAGGCGGCGUCCCCUUUCCCCGCC